AAUUGAAGGUAACAUAUUACGUGAUUGUGCUAUAAAAACAAUAAUUCUUCCUUCUGAUUUCGAUUUGAAACAGAAGAUUGUUCCUUUACCAUCUUAAACUUUGCACUUCAAUCCCCUUUUAAACAUUUUGAACGCAGCUGUAUGUAACACGACGCUCCAAGCCCGCCGCACUGACUGAUGGGUAAACCAUAAAAGUUCAGCUUCUCUUUUACCUUCGCUGUCAUUCAUCCGAGUAGACGGCAGCAGUAAUUCCCUCCUCGCGUGCCCACUCACGCACCCACCCACCCACGCGCGGCCGGUCGGUGUAUCAGCCCACAUCAUCACCAGCUACUAUUACACUAGAGGGAAGCUGCUUCAGGUCGCGGCGCGCGCGUUGCGGGAGCGCGCACACAUACCGUAGGCUGGUCCGUUUGCGCACACAGCUGUGAUUUUUUUUUUGGGGGGGUGGUAAAAGGGACGCGUGUUAAGUUGCUGUCCUCGGUGUGGUUUGGAGAAGGAGCUUCAGUGGAGCAGCUUUCAGCGCCAAAAAAAAAAAGAAAAAGAAAAGGAGGCUGAGUGAGGAGGGAAACAUAAGGAUGCUGAUCCAAGCAGAGUCAGCGGGAGCUGCAGCUUCUCUUCAUCAGCGCCAACCCGGGUUGUUCCGUCUGUAACUUUUUAACGAGCUGAAGUUCACCUCAGCUUGUUUUUUUUUCUUCUUUUUCCCCGUUACGUCCGGUUUCGCUCCGGUUCCGCCGGCCUCCCUGCCAUGGUGGCCGCAUCGGUCCACGGAGCGCUCCUCCUGUGCGCCCUCCUAUUCCAGCUGUUCCCGCUUCCCGGCGGACAGGCACCAAACUGCCAGGAGGUGCGCGCCGCGUUUCACGCUCUGCACCCCGGCUCCAAGUGGGUCCCUGAAAGCCCGGUGUCAGGUGCAGAUCUGCAGGUUUGCCAAACCAAAGGCCCGACCUGCUGUUCCAAGAAGAUGGAGGAGAGGUAUCAGGUGGCUGCACGCAGCAACAUGGAGUCAGGGCUGCAGGUUGUCAGCGCUCAUCUCAAACGCCUCAUCAUCCAGAACGCUGCUAUCUUCCAAGAGGCCUUCGACCUGGUGCUGCGUCACGGCCGUAACUCCACUCUGACCGUGCUGAAGGCGGAGUUCCCGGCUCUCGUCCCUGGAGCCCAGAGCUCCGUGGGGCAGCUCUUCCUGGACAUGUCGCUCUACAUCCUUGGCUCCGACUCCACGGUGGACCACAUGGUGGCGGCGUUCUUCGGCAAACUCUUUACAAUCACAUACCGCCGGCUGCUGGGCGGCGGUUCUUCCGCCGCGUCCGAGGAGUGCGUGCGGGGAGCCUGGAAGGACUCCGGAGCGUUUGGGCCUUACCCCAAGCUGAUUAUGACCCGCCUGUCUCGCUCCCUCCUGGCCACGAGGGUCUUCCUGCAGGCGCUCAACCUGGGCAUAGAGGUGGUCAACACCACGGACCAUCUGCGGCCCAGCAGGGACUGCGGCCGGGCCCUGCUGAGGUUGUGGUACUGCCCGCACUGCCAGGGUAUGCUCAGCCCGCCGGCCUGCAGAGGCUUCUGCCAGACGGCGAUGCAGGGCUGCCUGGGGGGCGCCGCCGAGGUUCAGCCCCACUGGAGGAGCUACAUUGACGGACUGGGGAAGCUGGCAGGCGGCAUGAGAGGGGAGCAGGAUAUGGAGGCCGUCGUUCUCAGGCUGCCGUCGCUGAUUAAGUUGGCUCUGAAGCAGGCUGUGAACGCCCGCAGCCGGCUCAGCGCCCUGGUGAGCGGCAUUUGUGGACACGCUACGAAGCGAGCCUCCCGCUCCGUGGAGGCCCCGCCUCUCCAUCAGCCUCCUGCUGCGGCUGCGACCCGGGACGCUCAGCCCUCAGACUCCGAUGAGACGCUGGCUGGACUCCGCAGGGAGUUCAUCACCAACCUGAAAAGCUUCAGCUCCUUCUACAGCGGCCUCGGGGAGGCGCUGUGCAGUCGGGAGCCCACCGCGGCGAACAACUCCCUCUGCUGGAACGGGCAGGAGAUGACAGACAGGUUUGCCGGGCCCAGCCAGAAACGGCUUCAUCCCGCCUCGGAGUCUAAGAGCAACAAGCAGCCGGAGCCGGUCAUCAGCCAGAUCAUUGACAAACUGAAACACAUCAACCAGGAGGUGUGACCGUGGGACGCCCGGCGACCGUCUGCUGACGCCGACACAAAGGGUCUCUUAGCAACACGUGAUUCUGGACGCCACAGCGAUAACGUGCAAAGCAGACAAGCAGCAGACAAAAAGAGAUUGUCUUAAAGAGGCUUAAUCUGAUUUAGCAACCAGAGGCUUGUGCAGGAAGAGGGGACUUCUUAAACGAUUAAACCCCGAACGCACAAUCAGCCACAUUCACAGACAUAAGUCAAGAUUUUCAUUUGUUUAGCCUCACAAAACACACUGAAAAUUGCUGUCAUACCAGAUAUAUUACAAAUGUUAACCCUCUGCUCUCACGCGGCCCUUUGAUCCGAACCGAGCCGGAGCGAAACUUUCCACUCUUUCUGUUUCUGAGGACUACGACAAUUUGCUGCAUAUUUCACUGUAAGGACUGUGAGUGUGUUCAGCAGAGUCCUAACGCUCCUGCCAGACACAUUUAAAAUACCCAGCUGGGAUUUUUUUUUUUUUUUUUUUUUAAAGCAGGGAAAUCUGGAAAUAGAUUUACAAGCUGAGUCAGAAAGGUGGAGUGGACACACGCCCAGUUUAAUGCGGGGAGUAAAGCCCUCCUUUUUUUUUUUUUCUGAGACUUUUGUUUCCGACUGGAAUGAACAGCAGGAAAUUAAUGUUGUCUGCAUUAACCGUCUGAGGCUGGGCUCCCGUUUCAUGACAUUCUCAAGUGUUGAACAGAUAGCAGAGGACGAGAGGGUUGGGGGGGGAAGAAAACAGGGACAAGAAUGAAACAGCACCCUCCUCCUCCACUCUGCCCUCCCUCUUCUGAUUUAAUAAAAGUUGAGUAACGAGUGGAGGGGAGCCGGUGGGAACGUGGGCCWGGACGAGCCGACCCAAAACGCCGCUCUGUCCGGCCCGCGGAGCUUUCCAUGAUUCACUCUCCGCCUGUUUCUGCUCUCCCGAGAUGUGCCUCAUUCAUUUCCACUCGCAUGCCUGUUGUCUCAAGCUCCCAGCUCCGAAUGGGGGGACAUCUGCCUGGAUGAGUCGAAGCCAGCAGCUCCCUGGACAUGUGGGGAUUAGCUGGAAGGAAAGUCCAUUUCCUCCAUUUAUCAAAAAAAAAAAGACGUCUGAGUGCUGAAAGGCAGCAUGUUUGUGUAAGAUGGUGACCCAAGCAUUAGCUCUGACGCUGGUUUAUAAUAUGUUGUGCACUUUUGGUCUUAAAGGAAAAAUUCAGAAUAUUUAGAACAGCGCUACGCAAUAUAUUGCAAUCAUUAUGCAUAUCUUAAAGAAAGGUUUUCUGUACCUAAUAUAUGUUUUACCCUUUGUUUAAUGGAGCAUAAAAAGUUUAGAAGGUUAUAAAAAAAAAUCUGGUAAAGUCGUUAAAAAAAUCUAAUGUGUUUCAACAGCAGAGCAGAACUAAAGUUACUUUUCACUAAAACCUUGUUGACAUGGAAACACUGAAUUUUAUUUUAUUUUCCAGGCGUUAAAUACGAGUACCGGUUGUCUGUGAUGUUGCUUUGCUGUGAACCCAAAGCACAAAUUAGCAUUUAGCUAACUUAUCGAAAGAUACAUUAUCAUCAUCAUAAUAUUCACCAAUAUUAUUUUAUGUCCCACAUUUUCCUGAUAUCUACAGCCUGAAUUUGAAUGAGGUUCUGUUCAAAACAUAAGGCUAGACUGUCAUAAAGUAGCACUCAGAUAAACCUCUUACGUUCUUUCUUGCAUUGGUUUACUUUUAUAUCAGAUACACCAACAAGAAAUUCUUUCUAUCUUCCAUUCUCAGUGCGUGUUUCUCACAGGAAGAUAAUUGGUGGUGCACAGCCUCCUACCUACAUUUUGUUUUUAAAUAAAUAAUUAGCAAUUCCAGCAGGUUAAAAUUUCACUUGUUAGCCUUUGGAUAAACUGCUUUGACUGUUUUUAAAUUUGAAGUUGUUUUAAGAUGGCAGACACCCACUUUUGUUGUGGUUCCUCUAAUGUUAGCUAUUAAGCCACAUUUAAGUUGGCUUUCAUAUUUCUCCAUGCAUGUUAGAACAUUGAACAACAUACACAGGACGAAAAAUGGGAUUUUCGACAGCUAUUGACACCUUGUUCUGCCGUGCGCAUGGAG